AUGCUCAAGCCCAAGGACCUGUGCCCCCGAGCGGGUACGCGCACCUUCUUGGAAGCCAUGCAGGCGGGCAAAGUGCACUUGGCCCGCUUCGUGCUGGACGCGCUGGACCGCAGCAUCAUCGACUGCCGCGCCGAGCAGGGCCGCACGCCGCUCAUGGUGGCCGUGGGGCUGCCGGACCCCGCGCUGCGCGCGCGCUUCGUGCGGCUGCUGCUGGAGCAGGGUGCGGCCGUGAACCUGCGGGACGAGCGCGGCCGCACGGCCCUCAGCCUGGCGUGCGAGCGAGGCCACCUGGACGCCGUGCAGCUGCUCGUGCAGUUCAGCGGUGACCCCGAAGCGGCCGACUCGGCGGGCAACAGCCCCGUGAUGUGGGCGGCGGCGUGCGGCCAUGGGGCGGUGCUCGAGUUCUUGGUGCGCUCCUUCCGCCGCCUCGGCCUGCGCCUCGACCGCACCAACCGGGCAGGCCUCACCGCGCUGCAGCUGGCCGCCUCCCGCGGCCACGGGACCUGUGUGCAGGCCCUCACCGGGCCCUGGGGCCGUGCUGCGGCCGCCGCCGCGGCGCGGGGCUCCAACUCCGAUAGCCCCCCUGGCCGCCCAGCCCCCGCGCCCAGCCCGGAGCGUCGACGACCCAGCCCCCGCCGCCUACCGCGGCCUCUCCUGGCGCGCUUUGCACGAGCGGCGGGCGGCCACGGCCACGGCCAGGGUCACGGCCACGGCGUUGAGGCCGGCCCAGCCGGCAAGGGCUCGAGCCGGCAUCGGGCGCAGGGCUGCGAGCGGCCCGAGCUGGGCCGGAGCAUGAGCCUGGCGCUGGGUGCGGUGACGGAGGAGGAGGCGGCUCGCCUACGGGCGGGGGCCCUCAUGGCGCGGCCAAACUCACCCCAGUCUUCGGGAACUGGGCGGUGGCGCUCCCACGAGGUGCUGGAGGGAGCGCCCCCAGCCUCGGUGCAAGCUCCCAUCGGCCUUAGCCCCCACCCAGAGGGCGGCCCCGGCUCUGGCCGCCUGGGUUUGCGCCGACGCUCCACAGCCCCAGACAUCCCGAGCUUGGUCGGAGAUGCGCCAGGGUCCGAGAGUGGCCCGGAGUUCGAGGCCGACGCCCUCCCGGGCUCGACGCCCGGGCCGAAGGCUUGGCAGGCUGGCGCCGAGGCUGUGGCGCUGCACACCCCGCGGUAA